ACCCCGCGCCGUUUCCCAUCAUGCAGCGCACUUCCGGCAUGCGGCGCUCUCUGUUCCCGCACUUCCGGCGCUCUCUCCGCGUUCCGGGCCCCGCGGCGGCGGCGGCGGCGGUUCCGGCCUUUUUCCCGGGGGGGGCCGCUUUUCCCGGGGGGGGCCCCGCUCCGACCCCCGCCCCGGAGCUGCUCCGCGCCUCCAGCCCCGCGCUGCGGGAACGGCUGAGCCGUUCGGCCGCGGUGUUCGCCGCCUUCGUCAGCCCCGAGGAGGGCGCCGCGCUGCUGCGGGACGCGGAGGAGGCGCUGCGGAGGCGGCGCUACGAGGACGGGCACUGGGAUGGGGCCAUUUCCGGGUUCCGGGAGGCGGAGCGCAGCCGCUGGGGGGCGGCGGGGGCGGCGGUGCUGCAGCGGAUGUCCUGCGCCUUCCCCCCCGCGCGGCCCCCCCUGCCCCACAGCCACAUCCUGGACCUGGCGCCCCACGGCUGCGUGCGGCCCCACAUCGACAGCACCAAGUUCUGCGGCUGCACCAUCGCGGGGGUCUCCCUGCUGUCGGCGGCGGUGAUGCGGCUGCGCAGCGUUCGGGACCCCCGGGAGUGGGCAGAGCUGCUGCUGGAGCCCCUCUCCCUCUACGUCCUGCGGUGAGUUGGGGGGCCCAGAAAACCCCAUAGGGCCCUAUAGAGCCCCAUAGAGCCCCACAG